AUGCAAAACGGGGGGAGUUGUGAAAUGGAAAAUGGCAGUGUCGGCAAGAAAGCGCUGCGUACGCCGAAAUGCGCCAGGUGCCGUAACCACGGGGUGAUUUCAUGUCUUAAGGGGCACAAGCGACUGUGUCGGUGGCGCGACUGCCGCUGCCCUGGCUGCCUGCUAGUGCUGGAGAGGCAAAGAGUCAUGGCCGCACAGGUAGCCCUAAGACGUCAACAAGGUGCGGGGACCACGAAAGGGAGCGAAGCCGCGGCUUUGGCUGCCCGCAAGAAGGCAUACCGAACGCGUUUGCGUUGCAUGCAGAUGUCCAGAGUGUAUCCGGUGCAACCGCCCCAUUACGGCAACAUUAGGCUGGUGGGUGGCGACCCGGCAUGGACGGAGCGUGUGCGGAGGCGGAAAGCGUUCGCGGACGCGGAACUCGAGCGCGAGUUGCCACAGUCGCUGCCGGAGCCCGCGCCCGCUCCCGCCGCCAUGCUCUGCACGCAUCUGCUGGCCGCCAUCCUAACCAACUAUGCGCCCUUGCCGCCGCCCCGGCCUAAGAUAUCCUUUUCCAUCGAAUCUAUUAUUGGCGUACAA